GAGGCUGACUGACUGACUGGCUGAAUGGGCUGGCCCGGGUUCGACGGGACCCGACCGUUUUUAUUCCACCGUUGGCGUUCCGGCCGUUUGCAACGUUUCGCCGGGGCCCCGACAUAACGCGCGCGUAACUCGGCCGAGCAAGGCGAGCCGUCCGGUUCUCGUGCGGUUCGAGCGGAUAGUUUUUCGGUUAUUAUUUUUUUUCCGUUCGUUUUUUCCGUUGAGUUUCGCGUCGAAAAUACGAUCUUUUCUAUUAAAAAAAAAACCGUCAGUUUUAGUGUGUGCCUUUGAAGUUUAUUUGUUCCGUACGUUUUAGAGAAGAGAAGUGUACCAAAACAAGGAAACAGGAAGCUGAAAGUGAACGCAUGAAAUGGACACAACAACAACAAUACGCAAAGCAACCAAACACAGUGUGUGUCAGUGUGAUACGUUCACGGCAUAGCGCGUCAUCCAUCCGCACGAAGGUGUGCUUGCGAGAUAAAUAUAGCAGUGAGUGAGCUACUUUUGUAGCAACCAGAACCAGUAUCCAAGCAGGCGUCUUUUUGUGAAGAAUUAUACACACAGCUGAACGCAGUGUACACUCCGUCGCCAAGAAAACAACUUCCCCGUUAGUUGCAAGUGAAAAGUGUCCGUAAAAAGGGGAAAAACAGAACAAAACAGCAUCAUAAUUAAGCUAAAGCGUGCGCUCGGCUAGUGUGUAAAGUGCGUGCGUGUGUGUGUGUGUCCCUGAUGACGCUAUGUGCGAGGUCGCGACCCUGACCGACAGCAUCCAGCAGCAACCACCAUCAGCAGCACCAGCAGUACCACUACUAGUCGGCAUCAUGGGGCAAACCUCGUCCUCCGGGACGGCAGCAAGCAACAACAACAACAACCAUCUUCAGCAUGGCGGCACGGCCCGCAAUGGGAAGAAGAUGUACCACCGGCACAGUUCGGUCCAGCCAGCGCUGGCCAGCAUACGGCUGCUGAAGAAGGAGAAUUCGCUCACGGUCGGUGGCAGUGGGGCGAAGCGGGCCGAUACCGUGCUGCUCCAGAAGGCACGCACCGAAAGUCGCAACAUCGACCAGUACGGGCUGCUCCUGGCGAACGGUGGUGCAACCGGUACGAACGGUGCCGCAGCGGCAACAGUGCCGACGGUUACAGCGGCACCAUCCUGUCCGAGUGAGGCGACGACCGCUAGCAACGACCUAACCGUACUGCUGUCGUCCGGCAGUGCGGCCGACGUGGACCGCUCAGUGAACUCGGUGACGGGCAAUGGGGGGACAAGCAGUCGGGAGUUUUUCAAAUCGGGCGAUGAUACGUACCACCGGACGGACUGUUGCUACUACCGCACGAUGGACAAUGGCUACCACAAGCUGCCCUCCGACUCGUACCACAAAACGACCGAGGGUUGCUACGUCAAGAUGACGGAUGGGAGCUUCCGGCGGCUCGACCACACCCCCGGCAGUGUGACCGAUGGGGAAGAGGAUGGCUCAACCGUCCCGGCCGCAGCAGCAACUACUGCCGCCGCUCCGGUGCAGUACCGCGUCCGCAAUCCGAUGAUGAAGUUUCUCAAGCGCUCCAAAUCCCACACACCCGCCACGAUAGUGCAGCUGCAGAAAGAGAAAGAGCGGAAGGCGGCAGCAGCAGCGCCCCAGCACCACCGGCUCAGCACAAUCCAAUCGUCCGAGGGAGCCGGUGGCGAUGUAGGACGGCAGCAGGCUGCCGCGGCUGCAGCCGCACUCCUACAGCACGCCCAUCACCAUCAUCAAAAGUCUGUGCCAACUGCUGCGGGUUCGUUGCUAGUGUCGUCUUCAUCGCAGCAGCAACCGCUGCUGACUACCCGAGACUCCACGCAUCAGCAGCAGCAUUCCCAUUCGCACCAGCACCAUUCGCACCAUCACCAUCACCAUCACAACCAUGCCCAUCCACCGUCGGCGUCAUCGAUAGUGGAGCAGGGUAGUGGUGGGGCCGUCGUCACCAAGCAGCAACAACAGUCCAGUGCGGCCGUACCGAACCAUCAGAAUCGGCGCGUGAUGGUGACGAUGAUCGAUGGUGGGCUGCCGGUGGUGGCCAAGAGCAAGCCCAUCCACGACAAACCGAAGAGUGCCAAAGCCCGCGUCCAGGAGGUGAAAAGGGACAAGGGCUCCCCAAAUAUGCAAAUGCGCGGUACGCCCGCCCGGUGGCGAUCGGGCGAGGAGCACAUCGGCAAGUACAAGCUGCUGAAGACGAUCGGCAAGGGCAACUUUGCGAAGGUGAAACUGGCGAAGCACGUCCCCACCAACAAGGAGGUCGCCAUCAAGAUCAUCGAUAAGACGCAGCUGAAUCCUUCCUCACUGCAGAAGCUAUACCGCGAGGUGCGGAUAAUGAAAAUGCUCGAUCAUCCGAACAUCGUGAAGCUGUUUCAGGUGAUCGAAACGGAAAAGACGCUCUACCUGGUGAUGGAGUACGCGUCCGGUGGCGAAGUGUUCGACUAUCUCGUCGCCCACGGCAAGAUGAAGGAGAAGGAGGCUCGCGCCAAGUUCCGACAGAUCGUGUCCGCCGUACAGUACUGCCAUCAGAAGCGAAUUAUACACAGAGAUUUGAAAGCGGAAAACCUGCUGCUCGACAGCGAGAUGAACAUCAAGAUAGCGGACUUUGGCUUCUCGAACGAGUUCACGCCCGGCUCGAAGCUGGACACGUUCUGCGGUUCGCCACCGUACGCAGCGCCCGAGCUGUUCCAGGGCCGCAAGUACGACGGGCCGGAGGUGGACGUGUGGUCGCUCGGCGUCAUCCUCUACACCCUGGUGAGCGGUUCGCUGCCGUUCGACGGUGCCACGCUGAAGGAGCUGCGCGAGCGCGUCCUGCGGGGCAAGUACCGCAUUCCCUUCUACAUGUCGACCGACUGCGAGGUCCUGCUGAAGAAGUUCCUCGUCCUCAACCCAUCGAAGCGCGCCAACCUCGAAACGAUCAUGAAGGACAAAUGGAUGAACAUGGGCUACGAGGACGAUGAGCUGAAGCCGUACGUCGAACCGUUGCCCGAUCUGAAAGAUCAGAAACGGAUAGGUAAGACGGAAGCGUUAGUCGCGAUGGGCUACAAUAGGCAAGAUAUUGAAGAUUCAUUGGCAAACACCAUGUACGAUGACGUAUUCGCCACUUAUCUACUGCUCGGGAGAAAAAGCACCGACUCCGAGUCGGACGGGUCCCGGUCCGGAUCGUCCCUGUCGUUACGUAACAUUGCCGGCAACGAGGGUGCCGCAGCCGGUAACUCCCAGGUGCAAAGCCCAACGCAUCGCGGCGUGCAUCGAAGCAUAUCCGCGUCCAGCACCAAACCGAGCCGGCGAGCUUCCAGCGGUGGCGAAACUCUGCAAAUCUUCCAACGCUUCAUUACAGGCGUCGGUCCAACGACGGCCGUGGCCGCAGCCGCAGCUGCCGCCGCCGUCGGUGCCGGUGGUGGCGGCGUGGGCGGCGGCGGCGGUGGUGGCGCUGUUGUCGGCAGCAUGGCAGCGGCGGGCGGUGGCGCCGGGACUGGCACGGUGGUGGGUGGCGGUACCGGCGGCGGUACGGCCAACGUCACCGGGAACAGUGUGCUCGCCGGUGCGACCAACAACCACAGUUCGGGCACGGGCGGUAGUGGCGGCGGUGCAUCUGAAAGAACAUCGAUAAGCAGUAAUUUCAAGCGUCAAAAUACAAUCGACUCGGCGACGAUCAAGGAAAACACGGCACGACUGGCCGCACAGAACCAGCGACCGGCUUCGAGCAUAACUAAACCGAUUACCUCGGUAGACAACUCAUCGAUCUCCAGCCCGGCGAAAGCGCGUACUACCAGCAGCAGUACGAGUACCAAGUACGAUCCGAGCAACGGCUCCCGGACAGUAGGCCCCAGUGCCGGCCUAAUGCCUAGACGGUCCACGACGCUGUACGAGAAAACGUCGUCCACAGAAAAGACAAACUCCACCACGGAUCCAACUAGCAACAGUUUCGUCGCACCAAUACCCGAAUUCAACCGUGGCAACUCAGCAUCGGCAGCUACUAGUGGUGCGGGUAGUGGCGGUGGUGGUGGUGGUGGCGGGGUAGCCAACAGUGGCAGCGCUAACACCACCGGCACGGGAACGACCGGGGUCACGACCGGUAGCACCGCGGGCGGUGGCGGCGGCGGCGGCGGCGGCACCACCACCACUGGCACUAUGGGCGGCAGCGGUAGUGUUAGUGUUGGCGGUGCCGGUAGCGUUACCGGUGGUGGCAACGGUGGUAGUAACAUUGGAGGAGGCGGCGGCGGCGGCGGUGGCGGCACCGGUAAGGGACAUGUCAAGAGUGCAUCCGUCUCCAGUCCCGGUCCGUCUGCCGACAGUACUACCAAUAGUGCCGCCACGAACGAUCCCCUCAGACAAAGCAUGGUGAAUCGCAAUAGUCUUACACCAGCCGUUAAUUCUUCCAGACAACCGGUUGCAUUUCCCAGGAAUGUUCCAUCGCGAUCGACUUUCCAUUCGGGACAAACCAGAGCCCGAAACAGCACGGUAUACGCCGGAACGGGCGGGAACGUCGGUGAUUCGCCACACUCUGGCAAGACUUUCUUGCAAAGACUUACUACCAGAUUUAGCAAACGGGACAAUUUGCGGCUGCCAUCCGAAAGGCCCAACGAUGGCCAAGCAAAUACUUCAACAAGUACAGCUAGUACGAACACGGAGGAACCGGUAAAGCCACGUGUACUGCGCUUCACCUGGUCGAUGAAGACAACCUCCCCCCGGCUGCCGGACGAAAUCAUGGCCGAAAUCCGGUCCGUGCUGGACAAGAACAAUUGUGAUUAUGAGCAGCGAGAACGAUUCGUGCUGCUGUGCGUACACGGCGACCCGAACACCGACUCGCUAGUGCAGUGGGAAAUUGAGGUCUGCAAGCUGCCCCGGCUAUCGCUGAAUGGUGUCCGGUUUAAGAGAAUAUCGGGCACCAGCAUCGGCUUCAAGAACAUUGCGUCGAAGAUCGCGUACGAUCUACGUCUGUGACUCGAUACAAAAUCGGAAGAGUAUCACUCGGUCGGGAGCGAUACGACCCAGGACGAUGGCGACGACGGUGGCGACGACGACGAUGGGACAGCUAGCGGUGGUGGUGGUGGUCUAACGGAAGCGGAAUCAGAAUCGGAACAGAAGCGCAGCAAUCAUCAUCAUCAUGCACGGAAAGAGGGGGGUAACGGCGGGGACGGCAGCGUGGAACCGGUGGACCCGUUCGUCCCGGGCGGCAGUGUCCGGAUGCGGUCGAAAACACCCUCGGCGGCAGGUGCCACCGGCGGUGGCAGCAAACGCUGGUCGCUGGUCGUGGUCGAUGGGCGUUCGUCGUUGCGACGCAAGGAGAAGGAAAGGAUCAGCAGCCACCAUCAGCAGUCGCUACCGCGCCAGCGAAAGGAAAAGAUGAAAGAGGAAGACACUGGGCCUACGACGACGACGACGCCAUCCCGAACCGAGACUGUUGCUACUACUUCCGGUAAUGAAGGAGGAGGAGAGGGAGAAGGCAGUGGUGAUGGGGGUGGUGGUGGUGGUGGUGGUGGUGGCAGCACCGGCACCGGAUGUCAACCCGCCGGCUACAACAGCCUCUUCGCCUCGCUGCUGCGUACCACCACGCUGUGAGCUGUAAAGAGAAGCUGAAACAAACAAACGCAAAACAACCACCACCAACCUACUACUACUGACUGUUAGUUAAAUCAAUUAUAGUUGUACACACACACACAGACACCACUUCACACCGACCUAUCUUUAUAACCUAACCUACCUACCAACCUACCUGCUGUUGGCGUGUACUGAGUACUGUGUGUCGGCAAAGCGCGCAACGACGCAGCAGAGAAUCACUGUUGCGCAUACGCAUACCGCGCAUACCGCACUGUUACGCACCAGGAUAAGAAAAUGCGCGUAGCAGCGCAGAAGAGGGACGCACAGGAGGAAGCGGAAAUUGCUGCUGGAAAACAAAACGCCCGGAAAACAUAAAACAUAAAAUUGCCUUCAUCCUCAGAGGCGCCCAGAUGCGAAGGGACAACCUUUUUGAAGAGAUAGAGAGAGACACUCACCCCUAGAAAGGCAACUACAGGCCACAACUAUCCCCCUCCCCUCCCUUCGUAAAAGUAAUUCACAGAAUUUAAGCAUAGAAAAAGUGAAGCAGAAGAAACAUGUGAACAAACUGAUAGUAUUCGCUGAUAAAAUAUCGUCGUAAAUUGUUACAUGUAGUAGGGGGUGGGGUACAGUGAGAUAGAAGGAAGACAUUGACAUUGGAUCUUACUACUACCACCGUUGUGUCUGGAAGAAGAGGGGUAAAGGUGGCGCCACACUUACUGUGCGUGCUGCGCUAUUUUAUUCGCGCGACUGUGUGUAGGCAAGCGUGUUCCGCGGGGUGUAUUGUGACCCUCCCCCUCGGCCGAAAAGACCGUGACUGAUUUUACUAGCCGACACUAGAGAGACACACACACAGACAUACACACAAAACGGAGAAUAAGGGAAGCGAAACAAACGCGCCUGUGUGUGUGCAGUACUGUUUAAGCAAAUCUUCUAUAACCCGACUCCCCUUUCUCAGCAUUUUAUAUAUCACGUGCCCGUUUUUUCUCGCGCAUGGUCUUUAGUAAUUAUUGCACUGCGAUAAAGCAUAGAAGAAGCAAGAGAAGAAAAAAAACACAAAAAAGAGGAUAAAAAAGAAGCACAUUUACAACAAUCACACAUAAACACACACACACCUUCCCGUUGCCGUUGUUGUUGUUAUUGAUGUUGUGUCGGUUCUUAGCCGGUCGCGCUUCCUAUAUUACAGCAAUCCUAGUAGCCGUAGCAACAGCAGCAGCAACAGCUGUGUGUGUGCCUCUGCGAACAAGCAACCACGUGGGUGAUGCGCUGUACGCAAAAGGAGGGCGCGCGCGCACACACACGUGCGCAAUGUAAAGUGUUGUGGACAGACCGCUGCCUCAUCCUGAGGGCAUUCAUUUGUGCGGACACAACAUAAAGUAAAGCUGGGUGGUGGUACCGUCAUAUAAAUAUUUCCUGUUUUCGAUCGGUAGCGAAAUGAUAUGAAAUUAUUAAGCUGAUGUGGGGUGGGCUUUGGUGUGAGAGGUUGAGAGUGACACACAAUUGUAUAGAGAAACGUUUAAUCUCGUUGCCUCAUUGUGUUGUGUUUGUGUACACACCUUUUGAACACACGCAUCAUAAACACAUUAUCCUAUCCCCUUUGCAUUCGCUCCGGUGUCCGGUGUUUUUUUCCACUGUGCUGUGCGUCAUGUCAUUUUCUUCCGAUACAAUUCCAGUAGUAUAGGAAGGAAGAGAGGGAGGGAGAAACUGAAGAAGAAAAAAACUUAAAAAAUGGUUUCUAUACUGCUACUAUAGGCCAUUCAGCGCUUUUAGUACGUCCCCUGUGCUGUCACCUGAAGAAUGUAGACACGUACCCUCAAGGCUCUCGGCAUAAAGUACGCGCCGCACCACACGCUUUAUUCUCUCCACCAUCAUCCCGUUUUAUAUAUUGUGUAUAAGGACAGAAAACCCUACUCCACCCUCCCUUCCUCCCUCCCGCUAAUUAUACAUAAUAUUACUAUUAUGCAAUAUAAAGUAAUAGCCGUUCGAUCGUGUGUUUGUAAUAAGUGUGUGUGUGUGUGCGUGUGGUGUAGAAGCUUAAACGUCGAGACAACAAAAAAACCCCUCGAUCCCCCUGAUAUCGACGAUCGUUUAACAGUCGCGAAGAGGAAAGGGGGAAGAAGAAAAUGAACAAAGGUUUAAAAACAAAACAGUAAAUCCACUAAACGAAACGAUACGGGGUGUGCACAUCCCCCUUUUCCUUCGUAUGUUCCCGUUUUCUUAUCCGAUCUGCUAGAGAUGUGCUUGCUGCUACCUACAUUUUGAGUGUGUAAGUUCGAGCAGAUGAUCGCUCGAUAUCCUGAAAGUGCAACAAUUAUUUAUUACGUUCGGGACAGGUGAACUAAAGCUGACACAAAAACACGGACGAGAAAGGAUUACAAAAGUAGUAGUAGUAGUAGUAAAACAAAAAAGGGUAAAAUGCUGCUGCUGCGGCGCCGUGUCGUGUCCACGUUUUGAUUGCACAGGAAAGGGAGGAAUAGUGGGGAGGGAAGGAGAGAGAUGAAAACAAAACAAUGAACAAACGUUUGAAGAAAGUUGAAAAAAAGAGAAACAAACGUUAAAGUGGUGUGUGGAUGAAGUACUACGUAGUAGAUCGCCUGGUGUGGCACCCGAAAGGAGAGCCGCAAUGAUGGCGCAUUAUGAAAAGGCUAAUUAAAUAUUAUUUCUAUUACGCAGAGCCGAGCACGCAUCGAGCAUGUGUGUGUGUGUGGGUGAGUGAAUGUGUGGGCGCGCACCCCCACAUAAACAAACGAGAAAUUGAAAGAAAGUAUAUAUUGCUAGUUAUUUGUUAGAGUAAAUUGAAGAAAGAGAGAGAGAGAGA